CCGGCAGUUUUUGUUACAAAGCCAGCUAGAGCACACGUCACAAGAGAGAAAAUAAAAAUGUUUUCACCGCGACUUCUUGCGGUUUUCGCCCUACUGGCCGCCGUGGCCUUCGCGGCCGCCGUACCGGUUUCCUUCAAGCAGGUCUCGUACCCGCAACCCAUCACCACCGUCAACGAUGACGAGGUGGACGAUUUCACGUCCUGGUUCCGAGGCCCAUGGGAUAGUUUGUUCAGCUCCGUGUGGAAGCUCAUUCCCAGCUUCGCCGACAUAGGCCCGAAGAUAAUCGCCAAGGACAACAUGUUCCAGAUCGCAGUCAACGUCAAGAAGUACAGGCCUGAAGAUCUCUCUGUGAAGGUGAAGGGUGACUUCAUCUUCGUGCAGGGCACACACGAAGCGAAGCACGAGGACAGUGACAUGUUCGCAAGCCAGUUCUAUCACACAUAUUCGCUGCCAGCGAACGCCACCGCCGCCGAUGUCAGUGCGCAGCUAUACAACGACGGUUACCUCGUAGUGACCGCGCCGCUAACUGGAUCCAACGAGAAAGGUGUGAAAGUUGCAGACAGAGAUGUUCCUAUUAAGGAGACUGGAACCGCUUACAAUAAGGAGGAUAAACCUGAAUCAGAGAAGCCGACCGAAAAGCCCGCCGAACCAACCUCCACCGCACAGCCAGUAGAAGACGACAAGAAGGAACAGACAACGCCGGCCGACCGCGAGGAAGUUACCGACAAUAACAAUGUCAUCCCCCACGGAAACUAAGUCCAACCCUAAAGUGAUAACGUAGCUGUAAGCAUAUAUUUAUAAAGCAGUAUUUUAAUAAAUAUUUUUUUAAAUCUU